AUGUCAAAGUGGCUGAACAAGCGCACCCAGGCAGUGACAGAGUCGCUGAACAAGAGCGCCAAGCGCACGCAAUAUGACGCGGACUUUGAAGAGCUGCAACAGCAGUGCGAAACCACCAAGCAGGUCGUGCACAAGAUGCUCAAGGAGACGCCCAACUUCCUGCACCCAAACCCUGCCGCGCGUGCUCGCACAAGCAUGGGCAGCACGUACGCCAAACUUCGCAAGACCGCAGCGGAGAAGCGGUACCCGCACGCGAUUGGCGUGAUGGCCGAGCUCCUUACCAAGGGCGCAGCCGACAUGCCGCCCGGCUCGUCCCUUGGUUCCGCGCUGCGUGAGGUUGGCGAGUCCUUCCAGACCAUGACAGAGGCGCAGCACAACUUUGAUGCAGAGGUUGUGCAGAAUUUCAUGGAGCCGCUGAAGGAUCUCGUUGAGAACGACUUCAAGGAGCUCGGCAAGCAGAAGCGCAAGCUCGAGGACCGCCGCCUCGCAUACGACUUUAAGCUGCGCAAGCGCGAGUCUGGCAAGUCGUCCAUCACGGAUGCGGACAUUAAGCUUGCGGAGGAGAAGUUUGAGGACUCCAAGAACAACGCAGAAAACGCCAUGAUGAAGAUUGUCAACAACGACGUUGAGCAAGUUGGGCAGCUCAUGUCUCUGGUGCAGGCGAUGAUCACGCUCGCCCGCAACCAGCUGGAGACGCUGGAGGCAACACAGGCCGGCCUCGAGGAGAUCCUUGAGCAAGCGAGCACAAAGCCGAAGCGCACGCAGCGCCCCGUGUCCAUGAUGCAGUACGAGGACGACGAGGACGACGAGGCCGCACUCGCCGCCCGCGGCAUCAGCGCGGACGAGCCGUCGGCAGUUGCACUGUUUGACUUUGAGGCGGAGAACGAGGGGGAGCUGACGUUCAAGGAGGGCGACACGAUCCGGCUGCUGUCGCGUUUGGAUGAGAACUGGCUCGAGGGCGAGGUCGAUGGCCAGCAGGGCAUGUUCCCCGUCAACUACGUUGAGAUCAUCCGCGACGUCUAA